GCAUUUUACGCGCGGCUCCGUCGCAUUCUGAAACGCCUCGCAGAGCGCUGGCCGCAUUUAUAGGCGUAAAGUUACGCUCUUUACUUUGACUGACAGCCGUCAGUGAAUACGAGUUAGGUUUCUUGUGCUUUUGCGCUCGUUCGGAGGCCGGGGAUUCUUUGCGCACAAAUCAUUGUUUCCAUCUAGGAUCGAGGAAACACGAGUAGCUGUAACAUAUCGAGAGCUACUGACCCUAACGCUCACUUUGUCUUCUCACAAGAGGAAUCCCGCAACUCGUCUGCGUCGGAUUCGGGGGCCCAGCAACGAGCUGCCAGUAUGUCGCGCUUUGACAUGAGAGAGUUCGGGGAGGCGGCGCCGUUUUUGCGCAAAUCUGAGCUGGAGCUGCUGACGAAGCACACGGUGGCUUUUGACGGUAAGAAACGGGCCUGGGUCCCUGAUGAUAAAGAGGCGUACAUCGAGAUCGAAAUCAAGGAGCUCAAGGGUGACAAAGUCAUUGUUGAGACCAAAGACGGGAAGACUUUGACGGUGAAGGACGGCGACAUCCAGCAGAUGAAUCCCCCCAAGUAUGACAUGAUCGAAGACAUGGCCAUGCUGACGCACCUCAACGAGGCCUCGGUGCUGCAGAACCUGCGCCGGCGCUACGCUGCCUGGAUGAUAUACACCUACUCGGGCCUCUUCUGUGUCACGGUGAAUCCCUACAAAUGGCUCCCCGUCUACACCGCGCCGGUGGUGGCCGCCUACAAAGGCAAGCGGCGCUCCGAGGCGCCGCCGCACAUCUACUCCAUCGCUGACAACGCCUACAACGACAUGCUGCGCAAUCGAGAGAAUCAGUCCAUGCUCAUCACCGGAGAAUCCGGUGCUGGCAAAACUGUCAACACGAAACGUGUCAUUCAGUAUUUUGCCAUUGUGGCAGCUCUUGGGGAAACGUCUGCCAAAAAAGGACAAGGCCCUGCCACUAAAACAGGGGGGACUCUGGAGGACCAGAUCAUCGAGGCUAAUCCCGCCAUGGAGGCCUUCGGUAACGCCAAAACGCUGAGGAACGACAACUCAUCUCGUUUUGGCAAAUUCAUCAGGAUCCACUUUGGCCCAACCGGCAAACUGGCCUCCGCUGAUAUUGAUAUCUAUCUUCUGGAAAAAUCCAGAGUGAUCUUUCAGCAGCCGGGUGAGAGGAGCUACCACAUAUACUACCAGAUCAUGUCACAGAAGAAACCAGAGCUGUUAGACAUGCUGCUGGUGUCGUCCAACCCGUACGACUACCACUUCUGCUCCCAGGGAGUGACCACUGUGGAGAAUCUGGAUGACGGACAGGAGCUAAUGGCGACCGAUCACGCGAUGGACAUUCUUGGCUUUCUGCCAGAUGAAAAGUAUGGCUGCUAUAAAAUAGUCGGAGCCAUCAUGCACUUUGGAAACAUGAAAUUCAAGCAAAAGCAGCGCGAGGAGCAGGCAGAGGCCGACGGCACUGAAAGUGCAGACAAGGCCUCCUACCUGAUGGGAGUUAGCUCAGCCGACCUCAUCAAAGGCCUCCUCCACCCCAGGGUGAAGGUCGGGAACGAAUAUGUGGUCAAAGGACAGAAUGUUGAACAGGUUAACUAUGCCGUCGGCGCUCUGGCCAAAGCUACAUAUGACCGCAUGUUCAAGUGGCUGGUUGGACGCAUCAACCGGACCCUGUACACGUCCCUGCCUCGCCAGUACUUCAUAGGGGUCCUGGACAUCGCCGGCUUUGAGAUCUUUGAAUUGAACAGCUUCGAGCAACUGUGCAUCAAUUUCACCAAUGAAAAACUGCAACAGUUCUUCAACCACCACAUGUUCAUCCUGGAGCAGGAGGAAUACAAGAGGGAGGGCAUCGAAUGGACCUUCAUCGACUUCGGCCUGGACCUUCAAGCUUGCAUUGACCUCAUUGAAAAGCCUCUGGGCAUCAUGUCCAUCCUUGAAGAGGAGUGCAUGUUCCCAAAGGCCACAGACAUCAGCUUCAAAGCCAAGCUGUAUGAUAAUCACCUUGGCAAGUCCCCUAAUUUCCAAAAGCCACGGCCGGACAAGAAGCGCAAGUACGAGACCCAUUUUGAGCUGGUGCACUACGCUGGAGUGGUCCCCUAUAACAUCAUCGGGUGGCUGGACAAGAACAAGGACCCACUGAACGAGACGGUGGUGGUGUGUUUCCAAAAGUCCGCCAACAAGCUGUUAGCCUCGCUGUACGAAAAUUACAUCGGCUCGGACACAGCGUCCGAACAAAAGACCGGGGCCAAAGAGAAGAGGAAGAAGGCAGCGUCGUUCCAGACCGUGUCUCAGCUUCAUAAGGAGAAUCUGAACAAGCUGAUGACCAACCUUCGCAGCACCCAGCCUCACUUUGUCCGCUGCAUCAUCCCCAACGAGACCAAGACUCCAGGGGUCAUGGACGCGUUCAUGGUGCUUCACCAGCUACGCUGCAACGGCGUGCUGGAAGGCAUCAGGAUCUGCAGAAAGGGCUUUCCCAACCGCAUCUUCUACGCGGAGUUCAAGCAGCGCUAUCGCAUCCUGAACCCUCACGCCAUCCCGGACGAUACGUUCGUGGACAGCAGGAAAGCUGCCGAGAAGCUGCUGGCCUCCCUGGACAUAGACCACAACCAGUACAGAUUCGGACACACGAAGGUGUUCUUCAAAGCCGGCCUGCUGGGUCACUUAGAGGAGCUGAGGGACGAGCGCUUGGCCAAAGUCCUCACGCUGCUGCAGGCGGCCGCUCGCGGCAAAAUCAUGCGAAUGGAGCUGUCGAAGAUGACGGAACGGAAGGAAGCGCUGAUGAUCAUCCAGUGGAACAUCCGGGCUUUCAAUGCAGUCAAACACUGGCCUUGGAUGAAGCUCUUCUUUAAAAUCAAGCCUUUACUCAAGAGCGCCGCCACAGAGAAGGAACUCAUCUCCUUAAAGGAGGAAAUGUCCAAGCUGAAGGAGGCUCUGGAGAAAUCCGAGGUCAAACGCAAAGAGCUGGAAGAGAGGCAGGUCAGCCUGACCCAAGAGAAGAAUGACCUCUCUCUUCAGCUCCAGGCAGAGCAGGAUAAUCUGGCAGAUGCAGAGGAACGCUGUGACCUGCUCAUCAAAACUAAGAUCCAGCUGGAGGCGAAAGUAAAGGAACUCUUAGAGAGACUGGAGGAUGAGGAGGAGAUGAGCUCCAACCUGCUGGCAAAGAAACGUAAGCUUGAGGACGAGUGUGCCGAGCUGAAGAAGGACAUAGACGAUCUAGAGAUCACCCUGGCCAAGGUGGAAAAGGAGAAACACGCCACGGAGAACAAGGUGAAGAAUAUGAUGGAGGAAAUGUCAGCUCUGGAUGAAACUAUACUAAAGUUAACCAAAGAGAAGAAGGCUCUCCAAGAGGCUCACCAGCAGACUCUGGAUGACCUGCAGGCAGAGGAAGACAAAGUCAACACUCUGACCAAGGCAAAGGCAAAGCUGGAGCAACAAGUAGAUGAUCUGGAGGGCUCCCUGGAACAAGAGAAGAAGCUGCGUAUGGACCUGGAACGGGUCAGACGCAAGCUGGAGGGAGACCUGAAACUCUCCUUGGAGUCUGUCAUGGACCUAGAGAAUGACAAGCAGCAACUUGAGGAGAAGAUGAAAAAGAAAGACUUUGAAAUGAAUCAGAUGAGCACAAGGAUCGAAGAUGAGCAGGCCGCGGUCAAUCAGCUCCAGAAAAAAAUUAAAGAGCUGCAGGCUCGUACAGAGGAGCUGGAGGAGGAGCUGGAGGCCGACCGGGCGUGCAGGGCAAAGGUGGAGAAGCAGCGUGGCGACGUGGCCCGCGAGCUGGAGGAGCUGAGCGAGCGCCUGGAGGAGGCCGGCGGCGCCACCUCCGCCCAGAUCGAGAUCAACAAGAAGAGGGAGGCCGACUUUCUGAAGCUGCGGCGGGACCUGGAGGAGGCCAUGCUGCACCACGAGGCCACGACGGCCGCCCUGAGGAAGAAGCACGCCGACAGCGUGGCGGAGCUGAGCGAGCAGAUCGACAGCCUGCAGAGAGUCAAGCAGAAGCUGGAGAAGGAGAGGAGCGAGGCCAAGAUGGAGGCCGAUGACCUGGCCUCCACGGUGGAGCAGCUUUCCAAGAGCAAGGCCACUUUGGAGAAGACGUGUCGCAUGUAUGAAGACCAGAUGAGCGAAACCAAGACCAAGAGCGAGGAGCUUCAGCGGCAGCUCAACGAGGCGAACACCCAAAGGGCCAGAGCUCAGGCUGAGAGCGCCGAGGUGGGCAGGAAGCUCGAGGAGCGAGAGUCCACGGUCUCCCAGCUCCAGCGGGCCAAGACCUCCUUCAGCCAGAACGUCGAGGAGCUCAAGAAGCAGCUGGAGGAGGAGAACAAGUCAAAGAAUGCGCUGGCCCACGCUCUGCAGUCGUCCAGACACGACUGCGAUCUCCUAAGAGAGCAGUACGAUGAGGAGCAGGAGGCCAAGGCCGAGCUGCAGAGGGCUCUGUCCAAGGCCAACGUGGAGGUGGCUCAGUGGAGGACCAAGUAUGAAACUGACGCCAUCCAGAGGACAGAGGAGCUGGAGGAGGCCAAGAAGAAGCUGGUGACAAGGUUGCAGGAGGCUGAAGAGACGAUGGAGGCGUCCAAUGCCAAGUGCUCCUCCCUGGAAAAAACCAAGCACCGUCUCCAGACAGAAAUUGAGGAUUUGGUCAUUGACCUGGAGCGCGCCAAUGCUGCAGCUGCUGCACUGGACAAAAAGCAACGCAACUUUGAUAAGGUGCUGUCUGAGUGGAAGCAGAAGUAUGAAGAGUGUCAGUGCGAACUCGAGACCUCCCAGAAAGAGUCGCGCUGCCUGAGCACGGAGCUCUUCAAGCUGAAGAACUCCUACGAGGAGACCCUGGACCAUCUGGAGACCAUCAAGAGAGAGAACAAGAACCUCCAAGAGGAGAUCGCUGACCUGUCUGAUCAAAUCAGUCAGGGAGCGAAGACCAUCCACGAGCUGGAGAAGAUGAAGAAGGGGCUGGAAACCGAGAAGAGCGAGAUCCAAGUUGCAUUAGAGGAAGCGGAAGGCGCCCUGGAGCACGAGGAGAGCAAAACGCUCCGCAUCCAGCUGGAGCUGAACCAGAUCAAGGCAGACGUGGACAGGAAGUUGGCGGAGAAGGAUGAGGAAAUCGACAACCUUCGCCGAAACCACCAGCGGACACUGGAGUCUAUGCAGGCCACCUUGGAUGCCGAGGCCAAGUCUCGCAACGAGGCAGUGCGCCUGAGGAAGAAGAUGGAGGGCGACCUUAAUGAGAUGGAGGUGCAGCUGAACCAUGCCAACAGACAGGCCGCGGAGUCCCAGAAGCUGCUGAGAAACCUGCAGAUCCAGCUCAAAGACGUUCAGCUGGAGCUGGACGAGACCGUUCAUCAAAACGAGGAGCUGAAGGAGCAGCUGGCCGUGACCGAGCGCAGGAACAACCUGCUGGCCGCGGAGGUGGAGGAGCUCAGGGGCCUGCUGGAGCAGAACGACCGCUCGCGCAAGCUAGCGGAGCACGAGCUGCUUGAAGCCACCGAGAGGGUCAAUCUGUUGCACUCUCAGAACACUGGGCUGAUUAACCAGAAAAAGAAGCUGGAGAGUGAUCUGUCCAUGUUGUCGAAUGAGGUGGACGAUGCUGUGCAGGAGUGCCGCAAUGCAGAGGAGAAGGCCAAAAAGGCCAUCACUGACGCGGCCAUGAUGGCAGAGGAGCUGAAGAAGGAGCAGGACACCAGUGCACAUCUGGAGCGCAUGAAGAAGAAUAUGGAGCAGACCAUAAAGGAUCUGCAGAUGCGUCUGGACGAGGCUGAGCAGAUUGCCCUCAAAGGUGGCAAAAAGCAGGUUCAAAAGCUGGAGGCCAGGGUCAAAGAACUGGAGAACGAACUGGACUCUGAGCAGAAGAAGAGCCAGGAGUAUCAGAAAGGAGUGCGCAAGUAUGAGAGGAGAAUCAAAGAGCUCUCCUAUCAGGCCGAGGAGGACAAGAAGAACUUGGCUCGGCUGCAGGACCUCAUCGAUAAACUCCAGGCCAAGGUGAAAGGCUACAAAAGACAGGCCGAAGAAGCGGAGGAGCAGGCCAACACCAACCUGUCCAAGUACAGGAAGAUACAGCACGAGCUCGACGACGCAGAGGAGCGGGCCGACAUGGCCGAGUCGCAGGUCAACAAGCUCCGCAUACGUACCCGCGACCAGGGAACCAAGGUUGGUAAAUACAUGGAAUGAGGUUGACAGAGGCCUGACCAACCUGAGGAGAGCGGCAUGUAUUCCUCCGUUUAAGACCACCCUGCAUCACUUUCUCACAUCGUCCCUAGUGUUUGUGGUUGCUAAUG